AUGGCCUCCAACGCUGGUUCUUAUUUUCCCCUUUCCGGUGUUGCUCGAGACGGCUGGUCAUCUGAGACCGAAGCCACUGCAACCUGCCUCUGCGGCGCUGUGCAAAUCGUCUUUCCUACUGAAGGCCCUGGUCUGGUCAACACUUUUGUCUGCAACUGCUUCGACUGUCGCAAGGUCACUGCUUCCAUGUUCGCCUCCAACUUCACCGUCGACAACUCCUACAUCAAGUUCGUCCGCGGUCAGGACAACUUGACUCGCUGGGGCCAGGACAAGACGCCUACUUCCGGUACCGAGAUGUCCAACAGCUUCUGUACGACCUGCGGCACCCUCAUGUGGCGCCGAAGCGCCCUUACGCCUCACCUGAGCUUCAUGAGAAUUGGCACCGUCGAUGACUUCAACCUGCAUGAGACUAAGCUGCGACCCCAGAAUGAGCUUUUCACAGACUCUCGUGUUAGCUGGUUCCACGGAGUGGAGGGAGCGAGAAAAUUCACGGGUCCUUUUAAGACGUCGAACAUUUAA